AUGGCGACAGGUACUGGGGAGGAGGACGCGUCGAUCUCGAAGUACAUCGCUGCAGGAUCGCAACCACCCCCUUCGAAUCAUCUCUAUGAGACCAGAGCAACACCAUACGGUGGGCGUGGUGCCUUCGCUCGUGGACCGAUCGCGAAAAAUACUGACAUCCUUUCCUGUGCGGGGCCCUACGCAAGCGUCAUCUUCCGGCCGUUCAAGAAGGAGGUGUGCGCAUGGUGCUUCGCCUACGCAUUCGAGAGUGGGAAGAGCAAAUGGUCUAUCAAGCUCAGUGUAGACAACGCCGGAGCGUGGUUUUGCUCCGAACACUGCGAAGAGCUUUGGAUCAAAGAACACGAGCUUGUGCAGGGCGAGGGCGUGCAGUGGUGGUUAGAGAUAAAUGGAGCCUUUGAGAGGCUUAUCGCACAGAUGAGCCAGUCUGGCACGAAAGGGACGAGGAAGAGCAGCCGAGUGGUCGGGGAGAGCACAUCGACGCGUUUUGCUCACUUGGAAGACUUGAAAUCAAAGGAGGUAACGCAAGAGCUCGUCGACAAGGCCUGGUCGAUUGCAGAAAAGACGCUUUCGGACAAGGGAACGGCUAUCCAAUUCACACAACCUUUAAACAACCUCGAGCUCGACACUGCACGCUACCUACUUGAUGGUCUACUUCACAAGAUUCUCGAAGAUGCCCGCCCUGACGCGACGCGUGCUCUUUCUACCCUAUCCUCCAUCGCGAUAGGUGCAGGUCGAUGGGCCGAUUACCUCGAGCUACAGGACAACGAAGUGCCGCAUAUAUGCUCGAAACCUUACGUGCUUGCGUCGCAUGUCCGCAUAUAUUGCUUCCUCAGGCAGCUUUUCCCGCUCCUGGCCGGCUCUAAAGGCAUGCCCUCCGGACCGAGUGACCUUCUGAGGCGUUAUCUGACGUCGUCCACGACCGUUCGCGCGCUGCUGCAGCGCGAUCCCGGGAACGUCUUUGGGAUCUGGGACAUGGCUCCUGAGGCUGAGGAAAGCGAGAUGUUGGGCUGGGGUGCCUAUGUAUUUGGCUCCUACUUCAACCACGACUGCGAUCCCAACAUCACCAAGCGCCGAGAAGGACGAGCAGUUGUGUUCUACACGAUUCGGGAUGUCUGCGCUGAUGAGGAGCUUUGCAUCAGUUAUGUAGAUGACGCUCCUGUCGGAGAGAGGAUCGCGCAUUUGGAGCGGGAUUGGUUCUUCUCUUGCCGCUGCGCAAAGUGUAUACAGGACCUGGCCAACGUGUCUUAG